CACGGGACUCGUCGUUGCAACCAUUGGUUGCAAUGUUAGCAAAUGGAACAGGAAAAUAAACCCGAGUGAGCGGGCGACUCCUUGAAGGGAAACAAGCGCUCCUCCUCCCCUGGUCUGCUUUGUGUGCCAUCGGCGGCGCGAUGCAAUUUUGGCUCAGCGACGGAACAACUGCCACUGCAGCGGAUACCUCAGAUUCACCUCUCGACCCCGAAACCGAGAUUUGCCAUAUUUUCCCCAUCGAUAUAAGAGCGAAAGUGUGAAAAAAAAAAAAAAUUCCUUCAUUAUUUCAGAUGACGCCGUGUAUGGAAUGACAACCUCAUAGGGAUACAUCAAAUCCAAACAAUCCGCUCAGUUUGCUGACAUGGAGUGGCAAACGCCAGACUUGUCAGAAAGGUUCCAGAGUCGCCUUGGCCGCCGGCCUGGAACGUCGGACAGCGGGGACACGGGUCUUGGCACGUCAGCGUCUGACAGCACAGAAGAUUUCUGCAGCACCAGGAGCAGCCCUUCUUUCCAGCCCAUUCGCAGUCAGAUCCCGAUACCCACGGCACAUGUCAUGCCAUCCACGGCCGGAGCCCUGGCCUCGAAGCCCCAGGCAAGCGUCCAGGAAGAGUCCAGAUCGUCCUCUACCUCCAGAACAUCCAGUGGUUCCACCUCCAAAUCUUCCUGUCUCUCCAAAUCGGCGUCCUCGCCGAACCUCGACGCGCAGACCGGCGCGGGAAGCGAGCCUGCCGGGCCAAAGUCUGACUGCCUGAGCCGCUACCGAAGCCUGCUCAAUGGGCUGGACCACUCUCUUUUCCCCAUAGAUCAUACACGGCUGGAUGAGGGCCAGAGGUUUGAAACACCUACUGUGGAACCUACCAUGAACCAGUCCGCCUUGUUGGGGGGCUUAUGCCCUGAUGUCAGACUCCGAUUACAGACUACGGGGAUUAGAGACAACUCUGACUGUGCGUCCGAGUCUUACAGAGGAAGCGUGGAGCACAACUAUAAAGUUCUUCCGGAGGCCAGGCCCGCUGUUUCCAUCCCCGGGGUUUCCCUCCCCAAUGACCCCUCCAAUCCCAGGUGCAGCCAGCCUACCGGUGUUUAUGCGAGCCCUCUCAGCCUACAGACACAGGCUCUGUUGAGGGAACACGCAGGCACCAAAGCAUAUGAUCCGUUACGCCAGGACCGAUGCGGUGAAAUGUUGGGCUGGCAGCAGCAGCAGCAGCAACAACAUAAGCAACAGAUGGACAGCAUACGCAUGCAAGUAGAACAAAUGCAGUUGAGUGCCGGGCUGGGCCAGUACCCGUCUUUGUACCCCACAGCCAUGCACCCCGAGUCUGGCAAGUGGGACGCUUUGGUGAAAGCCAGUGAAGGUCUUCUAAAGGAAAAGGAGCUUAUAAUAGAGCGACAAAAGCAGCAUAUGACUCAGUUGGAGCAGCGUCUGAGGGAAAGUGAGCUGCAGGUCCAUGGAGCCUUACUGGGUCGAGGUGCCCCCUUCGGGGAUAUAUGUUUGCUUCGACUACAGGAAGCUCAGAGGGAGAACGCGUUCCUGAGGGCGCAAUUUGCGGAGCGCACAGACUGCGCCGCCCUGGAGAAGGCGGAGGCCGAGCGCAGGCUCGGCGCAGUGGAGGCCGAGACGCGGCGACUGACUGACAGCCUGAAAGAGACAUGUGAGAGGCACACAGAGGAGAUGAAGAAACAGGAAGAGAGGAUUAAGUGUCGAGACAAGCAUAUCAGCAACCUGAAGAAAAAGUGUCAAAAAGAGUCUGAGCUAAAACGAAAGAAUCAGCAGCGCAUUGAGACCCUGGAGCGCUAUCUGGCUGACCUGCCUACCUUAGAGGACUACCAGACCCAGAACAAAGAGCUUCAAGAGGCCCAGCAGCAGGCAGCUCGGCUUCAAGAUAAAGCGAAAGAGCUGGAAGCGUCUUUAGAGGCGACGCGCUCGCAGCUUCAAGAAAAGGACGCGCAGCUGGAAGAACAGAAGCGAAGGGAGAGAGACCUGCUCACCACCAUUACCGAUAUGCAGCAGCGGGUGCAACAGGGCCUCGAAGAUGGAGCCCGACUGCCCUCUCUGGACAUCGAGAAGCUCAGAGGCGAGAAUAAUACUUUAAGAGAGGAGCAGCAAAAACUCAAGAAGGUUAUUGAGAAGCAACAUAGGAUGAUGGAGCAACUCGGUUCUCAGAUCCAGGCCUUGGAGGUACAGAUAUCCCAGGAAGAAAACACCUCCCAAGCUCUGAGAGCGGAUAUAUUGGCCAAGGAGCAGAACAUGUCCGAGCUCCACCUAGCCAUGAAGGAGAUCGCUUCCCAAAACCAGGACCUGAUGGAGCAGAACCUGACCCUGGAGGAGCAGAUGAGCACGAAGGAGGCCUCCUCGACUCUGCAGCCAGCCGGCGCUCACUUGACACAGAGGCUCCUCAAGGAGCUCGCUUCCUGUCUCAGCGACUUGCGCUCCCUAUGCAGCAUUUUAACCCAAAGGGCUCAGGGACAAGACCCCAACCUCUCCUUGCUGCUUGGUCUCACAUCAACCAUACCAAUGGCGGAGAACGAUGAGGACUGGAUAAGUCCGGAGGCGCUGCACAAAAAGCUGGUCGAAGCGCAACAGCUCCGGCGCGACGUGGAGGAGUUACGCAACGUAAUACGGGACCGCUACGCACAAGACAUGGGCGAUAACUGCAUCACCCAAUAGCUUUGACCCGUUUCACCUCAGGGGGAUCCAAAUCGGGCGUGACUCCGAAGCCCAGUCACUGAACGUCUGAGUGCGGAUUUGGGUUUUUCCAUUUUCUCGGACUGGAAGGCCUAAAUGAUUCGGCUUCUUUUGACUGACUGUAUGUGACUUUUCGAGCAUGUUUGUAGCACAGUCUUCCCAUCCUACUGUUGAGUUCAGCAAUUUCAGUCCAAGGACUAACGGAAAAUAACUUACCUCUAAUACUUGAUCCUUUGCUAUUUUUUUUUUUAAUGAUUUUUAAUGUGAUAUACUAUCAUUUACCAAACAGUCUUAAAUCUUUUUCACUCUAGCGACUAGAUAAUGCAUGUGUAAAAGUCCCUAAGAUCUAAUUUAUUUAACUCUAUAGAUUUCCCUCUUUAUGGGGAAAAGAUCGAAGAAGCGGUUGACAAUCAACUGAAAAUAUGUUUUGUCCUCGAGAUGUCGCGAUCACGCCAUUAUUUAAAAUGGCGACGAGCGAAACGUCGUGCGGCGGAAGACUUUGUACCAAAACCAGCACUCUACACACCAAUGGGCCUUCUUCGUCUGUGCAAACUACCAAAGAAAGCUGGUCGAGGCCGUCGCGCAGCAUCAGAAAUGUUUGCGGCCCCCCCCGCAACCAACCACCCGAUCCCCGUCCGACCACCCGCCCUGCGUCCGCUUCCGACGUAGACCCUCAGGUGCCUUCGUUUCCCGCGCGUGGGUACGACUGCCGUUCAUUUUCGACCGAUGAGAGGCUGCUCACAACUCGCUCUUCCUGUAUGACAUGUCGCCCAUCCCCCAACCGAGCAUAAUAGUACAAUAAUUUCCAUACAUUCCCUGACUCUGAAUGUAACAGAUGAGGUAGGGUGUUAUUAGCGCCCUCUGCUAGGUGUGUGGCGAUAUUAUUAGUCCGCGUGUAUCAGUUGUACAUUUUAAGGUCGAUAAUGGCUGACUUAUUAGAUAAAAUAAUAGGAGUGAGAAACAGUAUUGACCUUCAGUAUUAAUUUAUUUUUGUCUAGAAUGAGCGUGAACAUGUUGUGGGCCUCCUAAUACGUUGUAUUGAUUCGCUUGAUAUUAACCAUGUGUAAAGGUUCCAUGAAGUGUUUUGUUUGGUUUGUUGAUUGGUUGUUAGUGCAGAUAUGUUUGACGGGACACGUUUUAAUCCCACGUGAUGGACGUGGGGCUGGCUGGCUCACCCCAGAGUUAAUUCGCAGUUUUGUUAGUGGAUUUCUAGAAGUUUCCCCCCUGUCACGAAAUGAAAAGCCAUUUUUAAGAAGACCAUAAAGGGAAUGAAAAGGGAGUUUUCGUACACAAAUAUGCAAUAAUUGUCCAGGACGCAAGCCAUUUCAUGGGACCUUUUGACCUAAACGUGCACAAAAUUGAGCUUUGCAAAGUCGGGCUCUGCAUGCCUUAACAUCUCAAAAAAUUUUCAAAAGGGAAAAUUGUUUAUAUGGUUAGAUAUUUUUUUUUUCCUUUGUAAUGCCCUAUUUUAGAAAUAAAAGUUUGAUUUUU